CAAGCCAUGGCUAGAGGGAACGCCCAUUUUCUUAUCCUGAUUCUGUCUUUACUAGGCAUUCAUCUCCAAGAAACCAAUCUAUGCGAUGGAGUUCUAAACUCAAGCUGCAACCCUGUUGAGAGAAGCGCUCUGUUGGAAUUCAAACAAGGCCUCAAAGAUACUACCAACAGGUUGUCUUCUUGGAUGGGUGAAGACUGCUGCAAGUGGGAAGGUGUGGCAUGUAGCAACCGUACCAGGCAUGUGAUCAUGCUUGACCUUCGCAAUUCACACCCUUUUUCUAACGAGAGUUUAGGAGGUGAGUUGAAGCCUUCCUUACUGGGUUUGAAGUACCUCAAGUACCUUGACCUGAGCAUGAACAAUUUUGGAGGGGUUAAUGUUCCAAAAUUCAUGGGAUCAUUUCACCAUCUUCAAUAUCUUAACCUCUCCGGAGCUGGAUUGGGUGGAGUCCUCCCUCAUCAACUUGGUAAUCUCUCCAAUCUACAAUAUCUUGACUUGAACAAUGAUUUCGGAUUGGACGAAUUUAGAAUUGAUGAUGCAUUAUGGAUUUCUGGGCUUUCUUCUCUGAGGCAUUUAAAAAUGAAGAACGUUAAUCUUCAAAACGUUAGUAAUUGGCUCCAAGCUCUCAAUGUUCUUCCUUCCGUUGAAGAGAUCCAUUUAUCUUCAUGUGAUAUUGAACACAUCCCACUCUCUCUCCAACAUGUAAACUUCACCUCACUUGCUUUGCUUGAUUUGUCUGGUAAUCGCAUUUCCCCUUCAAUACCCACUUGGUUAUUCAAUAUAAGUGGCCUUCAAUAUCUUGACCUUAGUCAUAACAAUCUUCAUGGUCAUAUUCCAUCCCUCUUUGAAAAUUUGGUUUCUCUCAACAACCUAAAUUUAGCUGCAAACUCUUUUAUACAAGGGGAGAUACCUAUUUCAUUGAGGAAUCUAUGCAAGCUGCAAAGUUUAAAACUGUCGGGCAUCAAUCUCAGCAUGGAUUUGUCAGACUUCGAUGUUAUAUUUUCAGGUUGUAUCAAAACAAGUUUAGAGAUUCUUGAACUGUCUUACACUGGACUUACUGGCCAGUUACCUGAAUGGCUAUGGGAGCUCAAAAGGCUUAGAUCUCUUGAUUUGUCUAAUAAUCAAAUUUUUGGCUCUAUUCCUGCAUCGCUUGGACAACUAGUUUCAUUGGAAGAAGUUUAUUUUAAUGACAAUCAAAUUAAUGGGACUAUAUCAGAAAGUGUAGGGAGGUUAUCAGAGCUAGUUUAUUUGGACCUCAACUCCAAUUUCUUUGUGGGUGAAAUGUCAGAAGCACAUUUUGCCAGUUUGACAAAGUUAAAAUAUUUGAGUUUGUCAUCAAACUCCUUGGCUUUAAAGUUUGAGCACAAUUGGCUUCCUCCUUUUCAGCUUGAAUCCAUUUGGAUGAGUUCUUGCAUCUUGGGUCCUGAUUUCCCAGAAUGGCUUCAGAAGCAAGAAAAUAUAUUAAUCCUUCAUAUGACGAAUGUUGGUAUUGUUGAUGCUAUGCCAGAAUGGUUUUGGAGCUUGAUUUCUGGAGCCUACUAUGUGGAUAUAUCUGACAACCAAAUUAGUGGCAGAGUACCUAAUUUAAUGCAUUUAAGCAAGCUAAUCGAGUUUUAUAUAAGUUCUAACAACUUCGGUGGCCCUCUUCCAUAUUUCCCUCUUAGUUUAGAAGUAUUAAUCAUCUACAACAAUUCAUUCUCAGGGCCAAUUCUCCCUAGAAUCAUCAUGGGUAUGCCAAAACUCAUUUACUUAUCACUUUCCAAAAAUAAUUUUAUUGACACUAUUCCCUUACCUUUGUGCCACCUUCCACAGUUGGGUGUCCUUGAUCUUUCAGACAAUCUCUUAUCAGGAAAAUUGCCUAAUUGUUGGAAUAGCUCUUCAGCACUUAGAGUGUUUGAUUUUUCAAGAAACAAUAUAUUUGGAGGGAUUCCAAAAUCAAUGUGCUCACUUUCGUCACUUAAUUCAUUGCAUCUGAGCAAUAACAAUCUAUCUGGACAGUUACCUUUGUCCUUAAAGUACUGUCAAAAACUACUCAUUCUUGAUCUGGGAUAUAAUGAGUUCAGUGGUGAAAUACCAACAUGGGUAGGAAGAAGGCUCAUCUCACUCCAAUUUCUCAGAUUGAGAUCCAAUAAAUUGUGUGGAAAUAUUCCACCCAAUCUUUCAUUACUAGGUAACAUACAAAUCCUUGACCUUGCAGGAAAUAAGCUCUCAGGCACCAUUCCACAAAGCUUUGGAAACUUUAUUGCCAUGACAGUCAUUAGAAAAAUUCCUAGUUUGCUCAUGCAUGUACUUGAAGUUUAUUAUAUGGAGAGCAUGCUAGUGUCAACUAAAGGUGGUUCUCAAGAGUAUAAUAAGCUGCUUACGCUUUUGAAUAUAAUGGAUCUUUCAAAUAAUAACUUGAUUGGUAAAAUCCCUACUGAACUAAUGAACCUAUCAGGAUUGUUCGGUUUGGAUUUAUCUGGAAAUCAUUUAACAGGAGAAAUCCCAGAAAAGAUCAGUGCAUUGCAACAAUUGGAGUCUCUUGAUUUGUCUAGAAACAAUUUAUCCGGAGGAAUUCCUCAUAGCAUGGCCAAUAUGUCAUCUUUGGGGUUUUUAAAUUUGUCCUAUAACAACUUAUCAGGCCAAAUUCCACUCGGUAAUCAGCUCCUAACUUUAUUCAGUGAUCCAUUAGUCUACAUGGGAAAUUUUGAUCUUUGUGGGUUCCCUCUUGAUCGGAGUUGCAAGGGAAGUGAGACAACACAAACUUCAAAUAACAUAGAUGACAAGAAUGAAAAUGAAAUGAUAUGGCUAUACAUAAGUUUUGCUCUCGGUUUUCUUACUGGAUUUUGGACAAUUUGCGGGACACUGCUACUGAAGAAGAAUUGGAAGAUUUGCUAUUUCAGAUUUUUCGACAACACAUUUGACAAGGUUUAUGUGUACAUUAUGAUGAACUUUCGAAAAUUUGCUCUGUAA